AUGAAUCCCUUAGUUUCACUGCUCUUUGUUCUCCUCGUUGUUGUUCAGUUGAGUCCAACCUUAUCAUACCCGGCAGAUGAUCACCACCAUUACAACGACGACAAUGACGAAUCACCUGAACACUGGAAGGGUGCCACACCUCUAACAAUUCCGACCAUUUCAGAAAACUUGCCCUUUGGCGAUUUUCUCUCCUUUUCUCACUACCACAGGAGUUGUCCAGAUCUUGAACACAUUAUUAAUGAAAAACUGAGGCAAUGGCUUAAGCAGGACUACAGCAUAGCUGCAAGUCUCAUGAGGUUGCACUUCCAUGACUGUGCCAUCAGGGGAUGUGAUGCCUCCAUCUUACUAAACCAUGAGGGAAGUGAGAGGAGUGCCUUGGCCAGCAAGACACUGAGAGGGUUUGAAGUGAUAGAUGAUAUCAAAGCAGAGGUCGAGAAGAGGUGUCCCAAAGUAGUAUCUUGUGCAGAUAUCUUAACAGCAGCUACAAGAGAUGCCACUGUUAUGGUCGGAGGUCCAUACUGGAUGGUUCCCUAUGGUCGGAAAGAUGGGCGAGUUUCAAUUGCCAAGGAAACAGAACGGGUGCCAAUGGGUCAUGAAAACAUUACUGCUUUGGUUGAGUUUUUUCAAUCUCAGGGCUUGAAUGUGCUUGACUUGGUUGUUCUCUCUGGAGCACACACCAUAGGAAGGGCUUCAUGUGCUUCCAUACAAAACAGGCUCUUCAACUUCGAUGGACAUGGGAACUCGGAUCCAUCCCUUAAUGAUAAAUACUUGAACUUCUUGAAAAGAAAAUGCAGAUGGGGAUCAGACUAUGUUGACCUUGAUGCUACAACUCCAAAGACCUUUGACGCUGCAUACUACUCAAAUCUGCAGAGGGAUAUGGGACUUCUUAAAACAGACCAGUUGUUGUAUUCUGAUACAAGGACUUCACCUCUUGUCACUGCUUUGGCUCACCAGCCCCAAGUCUUCUACCACCAGUUUGCAGUGUCCAUGGCCAAACUGGGGAAUGUUCAAGUCCUCACCGGCCAAGAUGAAGGCGAAAUUCGAACCAACUGCAAUUUUGUCAAUUCUUAUUGA